CGUGUUGUGUUGGAACUCGCCAUGUGACUAAACUUCGUCGUAAAUAUAGUUUACACACAGGAAUUACAUCUGAUCUUGACACAGUCAACAAAAUCACUCGCAGUAAUAUCAGAGUAAUUAUGCCGAGAAAAGUGAUAUCACUUUCGAAGAGGAAGACCAUGUAAUCUUGUAUCAUAUCUUUCGGAUCAAAAUGGCGGGCUUUUCGAUCUUCGAAACUCUGCACGUUGAGGUAAAUUGUCUAUUUGUAGCACCUCUGAACUCAGUACCCUUUUGGAUACUUGGCGAAAGGAAGAUCAGAAUAAUCUAUCACCCGUUAAAACUCUACAAAGGUAGAGCUGACCCAGACUGUGCAUUAGGCCAUCUUUUGAAGACACUGUUCAGAAAUGAUGAAUUUAUGGACAAACUAGUGAACUCCUAUAUCAUGAGCACUGUGGAACAGUUUAAUCUGAACUGCACUGCAGCCAGAGUGUUGUUAAAUGCCAUGCCUGGGCUGGAAAGUGCUGCAGUUUUUCAGGAUAUGGAAGCAAUGCUUAAUCGUUUAUGCAAGUGGGCCAGAGAAGCCUCAGAACCCCUGAGAUCAUAUGCUACAGGUCUUUUAGCAUUUGCCAUGGAGAGCCAGGAUAUUGCUGCAGUAUUCAGAGAAGAAAACUCCACCUUGGUUCCCUCUAUGCUGCGACGGCUGCACAUUUUAAAGGACUUGUCAGACCUUACACAGCCUGCUGUGACAGACCUGUCAAACAGGAUUAUCCUGAAAGCAAAGACAAACAGGAACAAGAGUGAAAACAGUAACAGCAUGAGUAACAAGAUAAAGAAAGUGAAUCUUGCUGAGCCAGGACCAUCAUGCACUGUGCCACAGAAUGGCGAAUUAUCCGGUUUGUGUAAUGGAGAAGUGGAAGAAGUGAAUAGCUACAAUGGAAAGGGCAAAAGUUGUCUACAAGCAAAACAUCCAUUGCUAGUUAAAACAAGCAAGGGUUUCCGUUCCACUGGAAAUGUAAUUUGUGCACCUAAGGGAGGGUACCACAUAGUCCCUAUGUCCUUUUCCCUCUCCCCCCUGACUCUUGGCAUGCAGCAGAGACUAAUUCUACAGUAUCUGACUCCCUUGGGGGAAUAUCAGGAGCUGUUGCCGACAGUGUUUGAGUCUAAAGCCCUGGAUCUUGUCAUGCACUACAUUACAUUUAAAGGCCAGGUGGACCUACAACUUGUCUUUGAAGCCCUCAAGUAUUUGGCAUCCCUUCUUUGUCAUAAAAAGUUUGCCACAGAAUUUGUGACUCAUAACGGUGUCCAGCGGUUACUAGAAGUGCCACGCCCAUCUGUGGCUGCUACAGGAUGUUCUAUGUGUCUGUAUUAUCUCGCUUACAAUGAGGACGCCAUGGAGAGGGUGUCCCUCCUACCAAACCCUGUGCUGAGUGACCUGGUCAAGUAUGCAUUGUGGCUUCUAGAAUGUUCUCACGACUCUGGCAGGUGUCACGCAACUCUCUUUUUCUCGCUCACGUGUUCAUUUCGAGCAGUGCUGGAAUUGUUCGACAGUAAUGAUGGUCUGCGGAAGCUUGUGAACCAGCUAAGUACGCUUUCAAUCCUUCGUCCCGACGAGGCAGAACUACUGAGUGAUGAUGAGGUGUUUGGCAGCCGGCAGACAGCAAAACACACUUGCAUGGCUCUACGGAGAUAUUUUGAUGCCCAUCUUCACAUCAGGGCAGAUGCGCUGAGGAGAUCUAUUGCAAGGAACGAGGGUGGAACACCACCAGUUCCAGUUCCAGCGUAUAAGGCUGCAUCCCUGUCUCACAGCAGUGUAAUGGAGAACUGUCAGUUGAUGUUAGAGUAUGCUCCAACAACACUGCGUUGGGAGCCUGUUGAGAUGAUGAACAGACUUCAAGGCUUCACCCUGCUGCUUCAGUUGAUCUCCCUAUCGUCAGACUGGGGAGUGACCAGUAAUAGAGCGGACGCCAUCCGAUUAGCAGCCGACGUGACCCGCCUUGCUUUAGAGAUGCUGUUUGUGUUGACAGUCGGUCCUAAGGCUCAGAUGGCGCUGUGUGAAGAAGUGCAACUUCCGUCAGGAGAACAACAGAAAGGAAUGAGGCUUCUGCUGCGUUGCGCUGAAGGGAGUUUACUCAAUGACUCUGAGGUACAGAAAGCCGCUCUCCACGUCAUUUGUAACUGUGUGUGCGGUCCUCGAGUCAGGAUUAGCGGAGCUGUUGCAAAAUUUCAGUCGAAAUCCAAGCCGGCUUUCAAAAGCAGCGACGACAUCUUAUCCAAGAUGUGGGGAUGUGUCAGGGCCAGUAAUGGCAUCAAGGUUCUGCUCUCCUUACUGAUGGUGAAAACGCCAUUGGUUGAUGCAGAUUGUAUUCGUGCUCUGGCUUGUAAAGCGUUAUGUGGUUUAUCGAGGAGCGACAAGAUUAGACAAGUCAUUGGAAAACUACAGCUGUUUAACAGCGGCCAGUUACAAAUUUUGAUGCGAGAGCCGAUCAUUGAGGAUAAUGCUUCUGACCACGCCCUUUUCUGCAAAUAUGCUGCCGAGCUACUUGAAAGAGUCACUGGUAAAUCCCUGGCUACGUCCUCUGCAGUCCCGUCCCUGUCUAGAAUAAACAAGGCUGAUGUUGUUGCGCAGACUCAUAUUUCAUAUCCGGCAAAAGAGCUUUUACAACUGGUUCACAGUCACCUCACAACCCAAGGACUUCAUGAGACUGCAGAGGUUUUACGGAGAGAAGCCAAUCUACCUGACCCAAAACCUGAAUCAAAUCUGCUUUACACGCCUACUAAUAGGAAAGUUCGAUUCAAUCACUCCUCAAGCCUUUCUACGGCCUCCUCUGGUGUUAGCACUCCCGGGACUCCAUCCCUGACGCGGUACCGAUUCAACGACCCUGGAACACCAACAGGAAAGCGGCUUCUACCUUCCGAUCUUUCUCGCCCUGCACGCCCACCGUCACCUCCUACGUUGGACAUGAUCGUGACGCGGUAUCUUCGCGAACAGCAUGCGCAGUGUAACAAUCCUGUGUCCGCUGGCCCUCCAUUCUCCUUAAUACGACCCCACAAAUGCCCUGAACCAAAGUACAGAUAUUACGCACCAUCGAACAUGACGACGAGGUUAAAGCGAAGAGAAGUGAUUCCGCGUCAUGGCGGAUUUAACGGCGCCAGACUAAACAGACGGUUUGUGUACGGAAGAUUUAAACCGCUCAGGGCCAUUCGCGAUACUGAAGAAAACAGCUUCUUUACAUGUGCAUGUUUUGCACCCGAUGGCAAGUCUGUUUUACUUGGAACACAAAUAGGCGAGUUGAAGGAAUACAACUUAAUAACUGGACAGGAAGAGGCGACUUAUCUCUGUAGCGCAGACAGAGCAAUUUCCAUGUGCCAAUGUUCAAAAGACCGCGAACUUUUAUUGACGUCAUCUUCGUCUGCUUUGCCUCCCUGUGCUCUUUGGUCAUUUGGAGAUGUUUUCGAAAUGAAACAUCCAUUUAGCGAGGACACUUGGGUAAAGUUUAGUAAUUUAUCAGAAGACAGAAUUAUUGGCACACACGACGCUACUGCGCAUAUUUACGACACUGCGACAGGUCAGCGGGUACUAACUCUGCACGAUUCCAACAACACUAACAACUACUCAAAGAACCUCGCCUCCUUUAAUCCCACGGACGACCUGGUACUGAACGACGGUGUAUUAUGGGAUGUCAAAGGCAAACGGGUUAUACACAAGUUUGACAAGUUUAACAACUUUGUCAGCGGCGUUUUUCAUCCCUCCGGGCUGGAGAUUAUCAUCAAUUCAGAGAUUUGGGAUCUUCGCUCUUUCCAUUUACUGGACACGUGUCCUUCACUAGAUCAAUGUCACGUGAUCUUCAAUAACAGUGGUGACGUCAUGUAUGGGGUAAAACAUCUUUCGGAUCCUUUGGAAAUACCGCUAGCUUCCAGGCUCCUUGGACCGUACGAGACCUCGUUCAGGACCUUUGACGCAACAGAUUAUCAACCAAUAGCUACAAUCGACGUUAAGAAGACAAUAUUUGAUUUGUGUACCGAUAUAACUGACAGCUUUGUAGCCGUUAUUGAGAAGUGUGUCUGCUUCAAAGUACCGUUUACGAUCAAAUGGAAGAAACAUCGUCAAAGGGAUUAACGGAAGCUACACUCAAAGAACAUAGGAUGCAGCGAAUAUCAGCUCAUAUCUGUGUCCUCGGAAAAGGUUACGUCGAAGCCAUUUGUCUCUGCGCUGAAAAAAAACUGCCUCACAGUUUCACUCAUCCGCUCUACGCUUUUUUUUUCUUCUUUUUUUCUUUUUCUUGUGGUUACGGUUACUUGCUCAAUUCCGAAAAUGCGGUGAGGCACAAUUAGUCAUGGGGUGUUUCGCUUUUUAACAGCCUCUUCGAGCAAGCGUCUUUUCGCCUUUCACUGCCCCCUCCUUCCACUUUCCACUCAAACUCUAAGUCAAACAUGGCCGGUGAAAUAAUCGAUCGCGAACUUCUUAACGUUAACUCGCCCUAAUAUAACGCCUGCACUGCAAGCUCAGGAGGUAGCAGUUAUCCCAGCUACCUCAUGCCACGACAAGUGGGAGAAACUUUGGCAAUGCGAACCAUCUGACUGGCUUUACUUGUCAUUUCAUGAUUGCAUAAGUUGCAAACUAUCAUCGUAAAGAUCUUGUCAUCAUGUCAUAACAGUUCACGUGAAUUAUUUCAUAUCAUAAAUUCGGUAACGUUCU